AUGCCGGCGAGACUAUUUGUGCGGCGCGCUCUAAAGCGCAGAGAUGACGACGACGAUGAUCGCACGGAAUCAUGGGGUCUUGACGACGAUGAUAACGAUGAAGGUUAUUGGUGGUAUAGCGAUGAGGGAGUAAUUGUCAAGUGGUCAAUCCUCGCCGUCAUUGUCGUUCUAUUUACCCUCUGGAUCGUGGGCGGAUACUGGCAUGCAAAGAGGAGGAUCGCGAAGGGUCUACGACCUCUGGCAUACCACCGGUGCUUCGUGAGCAGGCGCAUGAUGGCACAGGUCGACCCAAGAUACGCAUAUCACCCACAACCGUAUUAUGCUACCUACCCGGGGCCAGACGGACACAACUACGUGCAGCCUGGUGGAUAUCCCAUGUACAACAUGCCUCCUCCGGUAUACGAUCCGUCACGGCCUCCCAUGUACGAAGAGCCUCCCGAAGGUGGCUCUAAGAUCGACCCGACGCAAGGACAGAGACGGGACGACGGACCUGCAGAUUAUCAGGCACCACCAGGACCACCUCCUGCGAGAUAG